AUGUCGAACGUAAGCUUUCUGGAGUUUCAGUACAAGCUCUCUAACAACAAGUUCCUCCGGAAACCUUCUCGGAUGUUCUCCUCGCACAGCCGGCAGAACUCAAGCAGCAGUGUACCAAUAAGGUUGCAGCCAAAUGUGAAGGAGAUGAGACAAGUGUUCAACAAAUUCGAUUCCAAUGGAGAUGGCAAGAUCUCUCAGCAGGAGUACAAGGCCGUGCUGAGGGCUCUAGGGCAGCAGUCCAUGAUUCCCGACGUGCCCAAGAUCUUCAAGGUGGCCGACCUGGAUGGAGAUGGGUUUAUCGAUUUCAACGAGUUUGUUGAAGCUCAGAGGAAGGAAGGAGGCGUUCAAACGAUGGAUUUGCAGAGUGCCUUCAGGACGUUUGACGCAAAUGGAGAUGGGAGGAUAAGUGCAGAAGAAGUCAUGGGAGUUCUGAGGCAGCUCGGGGACCGGUGCAGCCUCGAGGACUGUCGGAGGAUGGUUAGGGCAGUGGACAACGACGGGGAUGGGCUGGUUAACAUGGAUGAGUUCACCACCAUGAUGACUCGUACCCUCGUGCGUAAUAACUGA